UACAAAGCUCCGCCCCAGAGUCUGCUUGUGGGGGCGCAUGGAAAUAUUAUGUAUCCGAAGUAUACUGAACAACAUCUUAAGGAGGAUGGAUUUCGAGUCAGGGCAAGCUAUAGGGCAUAGUGAUGAUAUGUAGCAGGGGGAUGUGAUAUUUGAUACUCAAGGUGCAUAGUUGCAUCCUAAGUCUUAUCCUGAAUCGAUCUUGUCCUUAGUCUUGGCGCCUGAAUCAACAACUAGUUGAAGGACAAUGCAUCAGCCCAAGAAAGCACGAAGUGGGAAGACAAGAAAGGGAUGCCCUGCAGAGGUGCUCCAUCCACAAGGCCAAGAAACAAGCACCCAGAUUUGGAAACGAGAAAGCAAUGUAAAGCUGGAGAAUAAUGCUUUCCAUGAUGUUACAAAAGUUAAAGCUGAGAAUAUAGCAGACUUUGAGGAGGUCUUUCUUGAGGAUUGUGAGGACAUCGCUGAUGAUGCUCGCCUGGCCUCCUCCGGCGAGCCAGGCUCCCUCCUGCCAGUGCUCUGUGAGCUAAUGUUGGGCAUGGGCGACUGGCCAGCGCCGCUGACUGCGUCGGCUGAGCUGAUGGAGCCCAUCAUCGCGCGCGAGCUGUCCGCGCUCGUAGCGCGCGCACUGCGCGCUCCCUGGCGGCCGAGUGCGGCGCUCGAGCCGGAGCGUCUGCUGCUGGCGCUGCGACGGGACGCCCUGAUGACCAGCCGCAUGCUGGGUUACCUCGAGUUCCGCCACGUGCGCUUGUCCGUCGCCUCUAGCGUGCAGCAGACCGUGGUGAAGGGCGCGUGGCACGUGCUGGUGCGCUGCCGCGCCCUCGUCGAGGAACUCGGUGUUUCGCCACCGCCGGCCGCCGACCAGGAGGCACGGGCGCGCCGCGAGCGCCUCGACCGCCUCACUAGCGCCAUGACACGUGACGAGUAUAAGGCGUUCUCGCGUGUGCGCCGCUUUUGCCCGAGCCACUGGCGCGCGUGCGAGGGCUGGCUGCGCCGACUGUGGCCGGCCGGCGCGCCGCCGCCAACCGCCGCCACGCGCGGGGCGCUGCUGUUUCUGCUGCGCGAGCUGUUGACGCUACUGGUGGAUGCGGCGCUGCUCGUGCGUGAGGAGAGCAGCGCGCGCCAGCCGGUUGGUGGCUUGCCGGCGCGCUCGCUGGCGCCAGACCACGUGCGCGAGGCGGUGCGCCGCUUGCAGAUGGCGGCACCACCGCGCGCUGACACCCUGCUCGUCACGUGA